UUAGGGUUAUGAUCCGGACGUCGUCAUUGCAAUCUUGAGUUAUUUCCCUUACAUACAAAUUGCCGUUUGUGAUACUUAAGGAGACGUUAUGGAUAAAGUGAAGUCUAGGAAAGAUCUUUUGAAGGUUGUUCAAGACAUUGACGCUGGUCUCGGACUGACUGGCAUGCAUUUAGAACUUGCAUCUGAUGAGCGUGUGCAUGAAAUGGUUGAUUUUCUAAUAGAGCAUUUCUUUCCUGAUGAAACUCUAUCAAAGUCGAUUGGUUUGGUGAUCAGUGAAUAUGGGAAGAAACUCCUUGUUGAGAGAUACAAAGAUAACUUAUCAUUGUUACUUGUGUCAGAUGUCACAAAUAAAGUCAUUGGAGUGAGGACCAUUAAAGUUAUACCCGUUGGAGGACAGACUAUAAAUUUAAGCAGCAUUGAAGAUGAAAGGAUUCGAAAAGUGAUCACCUUUUUACGUCAUAAAGGUUCAGACAUGAAUGUUUACAAAUAUUUUGGAAUUGAUUGUGCUGUGCAUUUUAUCAAUCUUGGAAUCCAUAAAGACUAUAGGAACAUGGGCUUGGGGUCUACACUGAUGAAUGCUGCAAUGUCCUAUGUGAAAGAGAUAGGACUUGACCCUGUGUGUAUUACAGGAGAGGGAACCUCAGACUAUUCACAAAAAAUCUAUGAAAAAUGCAGCUUUGAGGUUAUUCACACAGUUAAGUAUGAAGACUAUAUAAAAGAUGGAGAGAUAGUUUUCAAAAAUACGGGUCUCAACAAAUCUUGCAAGUUUUAUGUAAAAAAGCUUUAGACAGUUUUCCUUCACACUAAAACAAACUAUUUUGAUCUGAUGUAGAGGGUGUUCAAAAAAGAGAGUGAUUCGUCAAGUAGUAUGUUAUAAUCAUCCCACCAAAAGGUGAAGGGAGAUAUAUCCAAGGUACUGUAAAUUAGGAAGUUUUUGCAUGACAAAAAUUUGAUUUCACACAAACAGACAAUUUCGUGAAGUUUUGAAUUUGUGAGCAGAUGGCUGUAAAAACGGUCGGAAAUUUCAGAUGAUUUCCAUAAAAUUACAUAGACCAAAAUUUGGAAAAUGAAAAUCUUAUUUUGAAGAAUUUUAUUCUAAGAAAGUAUUAACUAAGCAGACCCAGCUCUCGUGGACGAUCAUUUUGACUUUUAGUUAUGAAAGUUGCGAAAUUGAAAGCGUUAUAAAAUUUCUAAUUGGCAUACUUCAGGAUAUGCCGGAAUGGCUGAUUACUGAAACUGACGGAAAUUUUAAAGAAAUAUUAAAACUUUUCUUGAAUUUGCAUACGCAAAGAAUAUGCGAAAAUUAGUGAAAAAUUAAACAGUGUGGAUAUUACCCGAUUUACAAUAUCAUGAAUAUGAAAGGGAUUUUUAUAGAGACCAUUGAGAGGAAUUGCUGUGUAUAAGAAACAUAACUCUUUCUGUCUUACUUUUAUUAUUAGUUCACCUGAACUCUGUAAGCUUGAAGAACAUUUGUUUCUAAACACAAACCAGAGCAGAAAAAAAACUAAGGUCACUGAACUUGUUUUAAUUAUACAGGGCAUUUUCUUUUCCCACUGUUUAAGUAUUUCUGAAAUUAUGUAAAAUUGAAAAAAUGGGGGUACUUUAUAAAACAUAUAUUGUCCCACUUAAUGUUAUAGGGAUUUCAGAUCUAACUGGUUACUUUUAUAAAUUUAUACAAGGUGAUAUCAGUAUUGUGUAAGCAUAAAUAUCACUUGCAAAUCUUUUUCAUUUUUACUUGUUGAUAUAUUUACCCCAACAACAUUAUAUUUUAUUGUAUUUAAAUCUACAAAAAAAUUCUGAUGUUAAGAUUUUAAAAAUAUUUUGCAGCCUUAAUGACACAAAAAAAAUGGAAAGAAAAAAAUUUGGGUUCACCGUGAAUCUAAGAGAUUUAUUUAGAAAAAAAAAACAUUUAAAAACUGAUGAAUUUGAUAUUUUCAGUUCUUUUUGUUAGCUCACCUGAGCACGGGGUGAGCUAUUUUGAUCGCUCACAGUCCGGCGUUCGUUCGUCGUCCGUCCGGGUUCAAAUGUGGCCCCGCCCUGGGCCUAGGGCUUUGAUAUUUAUUAUGAAGCAUCAUCUAGAGGUCCUCUACCAACAGCGUUUUUUGCCAUUCUGGGAAAAGGCCCGGUAACGGUUGAAUUGAGAAAAAUAACGUUUUUUUUAUUAAAAUUGGGAGAAAUUUCAGGGUUUUACUCAAAUAGGGAAUUCUUGAUAAUAACAUAAGGUAACAAAUGUAAUUAUUAUCGAUUUGUAAUUAUCAGUUAUACAAUACCUGUUGUUUUGGUAAAUACGGUAUUGGUCGAUUUGACUGAGCGGGAAAUUGUUCAUGUUUUUCACGUGUUAUAAACCGUGGUAUAUAAGUCUGUGCAGUCGUGCAUUCGCCACUUGAGGCUUAGAAUAUUGACAGCUAACGUGUAAACUAUGACCCACCCUCCCGCCCUGUUUUUGGGUCUGGGACAGAUGGUCAUAUUAUGUAGGUGGGAGCCAUAAUAUGCAGAUAGUUAUGGUAUACAAGUAGUCAUAUUGUGCAGAUGGUCUUAGUAUACAGGUGACCGUAAUAUGCAGGUGGUCUUAGUAUACUGGUGACCGUAAUAUGCAGAUGGUCUUAGUAUACUAUACAGGUGACCGUAUAAUAUGCAGAUGGUCUUAGUAUACAGGUGACCGUAAUAUGCAGGUGGUCUUAGUAUACUGGUGACCAAAGUAUACAGGUGGACGUAGUAUACAGGUAAUCAUAAUAUGCAUGUGUUCGUAAUAUACUUAUGGUCAUAGUAUAUAGGUGGUCGUUGUACAAAGGUUGUCACAUCAGACAGUUGUCAUAUUAUACAGGUGAUCAUAAGGCCUUGUCAACAGGUUCAAACGUAUCACUGUUACUCACUUCAUCCAUGAGUUUUCCUAUCGUUACAUGUGUUAAGAUUUACAUUAUUUCUCAUAUUAUUAUAUAUAUCAGAAGUACAAUCGACGGUCUGUAUCUUGUUACGAUAUUAAGAAGCAUUAUAUUUUUGAUAAUUUGACAUUCACUAGCUUUUAGUCUUGUUUCAGACACAGAACCGAGCCACCAAGGAUACAGGAACAAUUAAAGAACAUUAUUGAAAUGUUGCAUUUAUUCCGCGAAUAUUGUAACGAUGUUAGCUGUCAAUACAAUAGCCUAAACCUAUUA